AAACUAGACGUCAACCUCGUCGCGGCCGAUGAUGUUGGAAGGAAUGCACUGCAUUACGCAGCGAUGAAUGGCAACUUGCCGAUUAUGAAGAUGCUGUUCAAGACUGGACAGUUCCAGGUUAACGUGCAGGAUGACUUUGGUAUGACUCCCCUGCAUCUGGCCUCCAGAUCCAACAGCGAGGAAUGCGUGCGGAAUUUGAUUGAGCAGGGAGCAGACUGCAUGAUGAGAGAUGAGACUGGAAGGAAAGCAUUCGAUCUCUCGACAUCAAAAUCCGUGAGGCAUAUUUUGCAAACUUCAUUCCAGUGA